AUGGAAAUAGGUACCGCCAAUGUCUCACCUAUGGAAAUAGGUUCCGCCAAUGGCUCACCUAUGGAAAUUGGUUCCGCCAAUGGCUCACCUAUGGAAAUAGGUUCCGCCACUGGCUCACCUAUGGAAAUAGGUUUCACCAGUGACACACCUAUAGAAAAAGGUUCCGCCAGUAGCUCACACAUUGAAAUAGGUUCCGCCACUGGCUCACCUGUGGAAAUAGGUUCCGCCAAUGGCUCACCUAUGGAAAUAGGUUCCGCCAAUGGCUCACCUAUGGAAAUAGGUUCCGCCAAUGGCUCACCUAUGGAAAUAGAAAUAGGUUCCGCCAGUUUCUCACACAUUGAAAUAGGUUCCGCCACUGGCUCACCUAUGGUAAUAGGUUCCGCCACUGGCUCACCUAUGGUAAUAGGUUCCGCCACUGGCUCACCUAUGGUAAUAGGUUCCGCCACUGGCUCACCUAUGGUAAUAGGUUCCGCCACAGGCUCACCUAUGGAAAUAGGUUCCGCCACUGGCUCACCUAUGGAAAUAGGUUCCGCCACUGGCUCACCUAUGGAAAUAGGUUCCGCCACAGGCUCACCUAUGGAAAUAGGUUCCGCCACUGGCUCACCUAUGGAAAUAGGUUCCUCCACUGGCUCACCUAUGGAAAUAGGUUCCGCCACUGGCUCACCUAUUGAAAUAGGUUCCGCUACUGGCUCACCUAUAGAAAUAGGUUCCGCCACUGGCUCACCUAUGGAAAUAGGUUUCACCAGUGACACACCUAUAGAAAAAGGUUCCGCCAGUAGCUCACACAUUGAAAAAGGUUCCGCCAGUAGCUCACACAUUGAAAUAGGUUCCGCCACUGGCUCACCUAUGGAAAUAGGUUCCGCCAAUGGCUCACCUAUGGAAAUAGGUUCCGCCAAUGGCUCACUUAUGGAAAUAGGUUCGCCAAUUGCUGACUUGUAG